GUCAUUCUCACUGGGGAGUCGACGUUAGUUGUUCAGCAUCAAGCAGUGCGCAAAGAUAGUGUGAAAUUGGAGUUUCACUACAUAGUUGUAUGACGGUGCACUGAUUCACUGUUAAUGAUAAAAAAUUCCAACCGGCACUACAGUAGUUCAGCAAAAAGGGAACCUUUCUCCUGAAUAAAGUCUUCGACGACGAACGUACGACGAAGGUGUACUUUGAGCGCAAAUAUCAAGAUAAUUCUAAAACUCGAAAACCAAGGAGAGAACAAUGGCUGAAAUCGGCUUGGGAGAGCUUUCCUGGACGUUGGCGACAAUGUGUGCUUGGGUGUUAGCUGUUGGGAUCAUGCUAUGUCUGUGUUUAGCAGUGGUCUAUCUGGUGUAUCUUCGUCAUGCUAACAGGGGUACGAGAAAUUUCUGGCCAGCAACCGUUCACCUCGAUGGCAAAAUCGCUGUCAUUACGACCAAUGGCAAUGAUAUCGGCGUGGAAGCGGCCAGGCAGAUGGCAGCUAGAGGAGCUCGGAUAGUCCUCGCCUGCAGUGACCAGAGGAGGGUGCACGAAGCCAAAGUCGACGCCAUCAGUUCCAGCCACGUUCCGCAGGUGAUCUGGAGACACUUGGACACCUCCUCCCUGGCCUCUGUUAAUAGCUUUGCGGACGACUUCGUCAGGAGAGAAGAGAGGAUAGAUAUACUGGUAAUGGUAGCGUGUACCGGCGGGGCUGUCACUCGAGAGCUGACGGCUGACGGCCUGGAAGUCACUAUGGCCACCAAUCACUUUGGUCAUUUUCUCUUGGUAAAUCGCCUUAUCGGUUUGUUACGGAAACACAAAUCAAGUCGAGUUAUAGUGUUGGCAGCUUCAGCUCACUACAUGCUCUCCACUAUCACUCCCAAGAAUUUGAAUUUCGAGCGUGCGAAAUACGGGGGUCUGCGUGCCUUCGCUCAGUCAAUGCUUUGCAACAUUCUAAUGUCUAAUUGCUUGGCUGACGCGACGGCUCAUACAGGCAUGACCGUCAAUUCCUUCUGCCCGGGCAUGGUAUUGUCAGCACCUUACAUCAGAGGCAGCAAUUUCCUGGCGCGCCUCUACUGCGUCUUACUUCAGUUCGUUACAAGGAGUGACGAGGAAGCGGCUAAAACCAUUGUUUACCUUGCCGGAUCAGACGAAGUGGCCAACGUGACUGGUGGAUUCUUCGCUGACUGUGCUGAGAGGAAAAUGACAGGUCUGGCGAGCGACAUCGGUUUGGCAAGGAAGGUCUGGGAAAGGAGCGAGGCGAUGGUACGUCUUGCACCUCUUGAUAGUCCUUGAUUAGGAUUGUUAGACUUUGGCGCUGAAGAUUCAAAGUCUAAUUUAAGCCCCUAGAGCAUUUCUGGAAGAUUCUCGAAGACCUCUGGUCAAGCUUCGAAAAGUCUAGUGCAGAGAGGUGGUUCUGAGACUUCAACAGCAAGGGAAAAGAAGAUGCGGAGUGUUAGCUUAUGGAAGUGGUCCAAAAAAUUCUAAACCUUUCGGCAGUUCACUUGUGUGGAUUUGAUAUCCACUGUAGAUUAAAAAAAAUGCUAUUACUAUUACUGUAGUACCAAUAAUAGCAUUAGCAUGCAGGUUGGAUUUAAGCCUUGGGGUCCCUCAACAGAAAAAAAACAAACAUUGCAAAUAAAUAAAUCAAUUUAAAUUAUUAAUAAGCAACAUUUCUUCGAAGAAACUAUGUUAGCUGUAAGAAUAGAUAUACUGACUGUAAGAAUGUCGUUGAUUAAUAUUUUCACUUUUUUAGUAGAGGAAAUGUUAAUAUUAUAUUACAGUAAUUGCAUGGGUGUUAAUAAGUGUCAGUUAUCUUGCCUACAUUUUUGCAUUACCAUGAUUUUAUAGAUCUACUUAUGAUUAUUACUACUAAAUUAACACUGUUUACUAUUUUUCUCGGUAUUUAACUGUUGAUAGUUAAGUUAUCCAAAGGGGGUACCGCCUUGUGAUGGAUAGAGCACCUGCCUUUCUAUUUUCUGGUAUCCCAAACCUCACUUUGUUGACUUUUAAGAAUAAUAAAACCAAUUUUAUAAUA